AUGCGAACGUUGAAAGACUUCUUUCAUCGGCCGUCCUUUUCCAAGGUUCAUCUCAUCUCCGGAUCAGAAACUGAAGGGCAAGAACAUGUCCCCACGAAUGACUCAGGAAACGCAUCCUCUCCGCUCUCUGAGCCUCUGACUUUCUUCGAUCACAAUGGAUCCGAGCCAGACACGAGAGAUCCCACAGACACGCAAGGAGAACGAUGCCUCUCACCACUGGGGGAUGGAGGAAAAUCGGGAAUUUGUAUGUCUGAGCAGAUCGUGUCCCAUGCCGAAUCAGCAGCUCCGUCGUCUUCGGUUGGGAGUCUCCAUGCCUCCCAGCGCAUUUUAAAGGAUGGAAAGGAAGUAGUUAUCAGUUCGGACGGAGAGGAUACCGACUCCGUUUCCUCCCUCGAUGACCCCUCUAUGCUCUUUGCUCCCAACCCUCGUGGCAAAAACAACAGCAAAGCGCAACCUGCAAAGCCAGACCAGGCACUUUUGGCACGCCUCUCCGCGCCGAAGAAAUACAAGAACACACUUGAUUCGUUAGUUAAUGCGGCGGUGGACGACAAUGAAACCGAGGCAAAUGUCGCCAAGUUCAGAGCCACUUUUGCCCAAUCCCACCACGGAGGCAAUCAGUCGGUGGCAGGUCCAGACGCGAGAAACCAGAAUGCCCUGAAUGAGCGCAUGUUAACGUCUGCAUUGGGAGAGCAUGACGAAGGACCUGGUCUAAAACGCUUGAUCGAGGCUGUCCGAAGAACUGAGGCCCUUGACCAAGAUCGAGCCUGGCGGUUCCUGGAUCUGAAGCAGAUGACUACAGCCGCGCCCAUAUUCCCAAAACAUCUCUUUCCUCCCGGAUCUCGGCUGGCGGCACUGCGAGGUGAGAUUCUGCGGUUUAAAUAUUUUCAGAUCUCCAAGCUGACUACCGGACAGAACCUGAUAGCCGCACACGCAUGUUUCAGUCUGCAUGGAAUCUGCACGACUGCUUUUGAAACAAUCAAAACUGCUCAGUUCCAGAGUCGCAUGCUGCAAUUCCUGUUACCUACGUCGCCUUGGACUUCGCUAGCACGAUACCGACUUGCAGCUGCCUUCCUGCUGCAAGAUCCAACACCGCUCUCUGAACCCCCUGAGCAGGUCCUUGACUUAUCACGUGUUACUUUUUGCUUGAUGCGUGACAAGCGAUUCCUGAUAAAGCAACACAAAGGAGCCAAUGAAUAUGACUACGGCGAACUCAUCGCAUUGACCAUGCUCCUGGACAUUAUCAUCAAUUCGGCUCUCCGUGAUCUACAACAUGAUAGUCCAGAUGCGGAGAAGGAGUUCAACAACACUGUCGAUAGGCUGGCCACUCAACUGAAAAACAUAUUUACUACGAUUGAGUCCACCGGGGCAUCCCAUCUCAAACGGAUGGUAGCCAAAGAUGCUCUAGAGGCAUUGCACCAUCGAGUCGUAUUUUCGGUCCGCUCUAAGCCACCACCUAAGAAGAGCUUUUUCGAGACAUUCGCCGACAGGCGAAACAGCACGAUCUCUAGCCACUUCAAAGUCCGAGCCGUUAUUGACACUACGCACGAUGAUACUACCACUAUAACCGCAGAUGGCGAAGGUACACUAAUACCGAUUCGGGGGCACGCUCCCUUUUCAUAA